AUGACCGACAAAAUAAACUAUACAAAUAAUAUACAAGUAACGAUCACAACGACAAUAUCGAGCGUUUCGUUGCACUCUGUGCAUUCAAGACAAUUUAUUUUUGGAAUUUCGUUAGCAUUGUUAUCAAGUUUAUUUAUUGGCUCAAGUUUUAUUUUAAAAAAAAAAGGUUUACUUAAUUUAACUAAUUCUAAUGGAUCUAUUAGAGCAGGAUCAGGUGGUUUUGGAUAUCUAUAUGAAAUUCAAUGGUGGGCUGGAUUGGCAACUAUGGGGCUUGGAGAAUUAUGCAAUUUUGCAGCCUAUGGAUUUGCUCCAGCAUCGGUUGUUACGCCACUUGGUGCAUUGUCAGUUUUAGUCAGUGCUCUGAUGGCCGUUCGUUUUUUGGGUGAAAAGUUAGAUACUCUUGGUAAAAUUGGUUGUAUUCUUACGCUAUUCGGUUCCAUUGUUAUUAUAAUACAUGCACCGAAAGAAAGUGAAAUUAAUUCAUUGCUUGAUUUUGCUCGUAAAGUAUCAGCAAUAGAAUUUAUUUUAUUUUCAUUCAUGACAUGUAUUGCAAUUUCAUGUUUAAUUAUAUAUUAUGGGCCCCGUUUAGGUUCAAAAUAUGUUCAUAUAUAUGUGUUAAUUUGUUCUCUUUUGGGUGCUUUUACUGUCACAGCAUGUAAAGGCCUUGGUGCUGGUUUAAAAGAAUUUUUUGCUCAUGAAUAUUCAUAUUCAAUAUGGUUAACAGUUGCAUGUGCCACCAUCAUUAUAGUUUGCAUUCUUAUACAAAUGGUUUAUCUUAAUAGAGCAUUAGAUAUAUUCGCAACACCGAUUGUAACAACUGUUUAUUAUGUUUUAUUUACAACCUGUGUACUGAUUACAUCAGGUAUACUUUUUCAUGAGUGGCGUUUAUUAACGUUCGUUGAUGUUAUGGGAUGUCUUGUUGGAUUUUCUAUAACAACAUGUGGCUUAAUUUUAAUUAACUAUUUAAAAACCAAUGCACCCUCAAAUGAAAUACAAUCGAAAGAUCGAAUUGAUAAUUCUCUUUUUUCAGAUCUGCUCUCGGAUUCUCAACUGUCGUUAACAGAAUCGUCUGGUUCAACAUCAAUAGUUUCUGUCAAACAGCAACACUAUGCACCAGUCAAAACUUACGCUAAUCUUCGGUAUAAUGAUAGUAAUGUGUCAUUCACAACGAACAAUAUAAAUGAACAAUGUCGACCAUUGUUAUUGGUAGAUGAGUGUAAUUUUAAUUUUUAG